CACUGGUCCUAGGUGUUACUUCAUUACCUCUUUAAAAGCACAAAUAUUACGCAUCUCUUAAUUAUUAAAAAUGUAUCUGACAUCAACAUAUAAUGCUUUUGUCCCAAGAAAUGGGACAAAAGCAUUACGCAGACUGAGCUGGGGGCAUUGUUUUCAUCUACAGGGGGGGAAAAAAAGUGCAAAAGUGAAACCAACCGUGGCGAGUAAACAGGAAGCGAAGACUCUAACUUCACGAUCGGCUCUUGAAACUAAAUGGCUGCAGUGAUUCUUGAUGCACUUUCUGAGCUACUGGAAGCAGAGUUCAAAGAAUUCAAGUGGCACCUGUCAAAUAGUGGGACAAAAGACAACUCUAUUUCUCGUGGAAAGCUGGAGAACGCUAAUCGCCAUGAUGUUGUGGAUCUCAUCGUGCAGCACUACAAGAGUUCAGACGCCGGGACGAUUGCAGUCAGAGUGCUACGCAAAAUUAACCAAAAUGAUCUUGCUGAUCAGCUGAAGAGAAAACUUCAGGAAGUAGAGGAUGUUUCUGCUGAAGGUGGAGCUUCAUCUGGUGCAGCAGCUUCCACUGCAGGAGUUACAGUGACCAUAAAGUCCGAAAGUGGAGGAGUUGUAAAGGCCCCUGUUCUUCAUGGUGGUGUUUUUCAUGGCCCAAUGAACUUCAGCUAAUGCUCAAGGAUCUAUCUAUUUUAUAUCAAUGAUUUAAA